ACACCUGAUCCAUCCAGCCUUUGAAAGGAGAUGCUGGCCAGGGCGCUAGGAUGGCUGGGCUUCUUCGCGCUCCUGGUAGCUGCGGGGGCCAACUGGGAAGCAGAUCCCCUCUGCCCUGCCAGGUACAAGCUCAACUGCCUUCUUCGCCGGCGGCUGGGCUGUGGGCCCGAAGGUGCGCCAAGCUGUGGCCCUUGUUUCCAUAACUAUGAGGAGGAUGCUGAGGGCAACUGUGUGCCGAAGAAAACCCUGAAGCAUGAAAGUAAAACAAAAACCCAGAAGAGGCCCAAGGACUUGCCAGGCCUCAUCCGUUCCCUCCUGGCCAAGCAUGAGAAGGGCUUGCGACCCCCAAGCGUGGGCAUCACUCUUCCUGGUGACACGUUGUACGAACCCUCAGGUGUCCCCACCACCUUGCCAACCUCUCUUCCCACCCAUGCCUCCCACACCGUGAGCAGCACUCCGGUUUCCUCUGAAUCAUACGAAGAAGAUACCCCCAUCUCGGCCACCACACCCCCGAGGCUCGUGAAAGUGGAUUUUAAGCAAAGGUCUCGGCCACCAUUUCCUAGUGUGAACAAAGCUGUGUCCCUCACUCUGGUGGUGAUGUGCACGGUCACGGGGGUCUCUGGGCUGGUGGUCGCUGCCAUCUGCUGGUACAGGCUGCAGCAAGAGGUACACUUGGCUCAGAAGAUGGCCUACACAACCAGUCGGGGAAACCAGUACCGGUACCAUCAGCCCAGUGCUUAUAUGGACUCCAGACUAGCUCAGUCCUGCCAAGUCCACCACUAUCAGCAUCAGAAGAAGCUUCUCACCGGUGAGGACAAAGAUCCUCCUAAAGCAGUAGAGCAGCUCUCCACAGAGUCAGAAAAUGAGGAUUACACCGUGUAUGAGUGCCCCGGAUUGGCACCGAGUGGAGAGAUGGAGAUCCACAACCCACUCUUCGACACCUCCAACCUCCGCCAGUGCCCUCCCUAAAUUCUCACCAUCUCCCCCCCCUCCGUUUUCUGUCUUUACAUUUCCUGCUCAUCUCCACUCAUGGAUUAAAGUGAGGAGGAGUCAGGCUCACAAAA